UUUCUUCGUUUUUGUGGCAGCUAUCUGAUAAAAUGGAUUGAAAGCUUUUGAUUAGCUGGAGAUAGUAGACGGCUCGGAGCACUAUAAAAGUCGAAGGCAUUGCCAAGUGGGGCACAUUGUUGAGUCAAUAUGUUCAAGUUCGUGAUCUUGUUGUCGGUUGUUGCCUGCGCCUUUGGUGCUGCGAUCCCUGAGGGUCUCCUGCCCCAGCUGGAUGGACGCAUCGUUGGCGGCACCGCCACCACCAUCAGCAGCUUCCCCUGGCAAAUCUCGCUGCAGCGCAGUGGCAGCCACUCCUGCGGUGGUUCGGUCUACUCUGCCAACAUCAUUGUGACUGCUGCUCACUGCCUGCAGUCCGUGUCCGCCUCCAGCUUGAAGGUGCGCGCUGGUUCCACCUACUGGAACUCUGGUGGCACCCUGGUCCAGGUCGCCGCCUUCAGGAACCACGAAGGAUACAACGCCAACACCAUGGUCAACGAUAUUGCUGUCAUCCGUCUGAGCUCUUCCCUGGCGUUAAGCUCGACCAUCAAGGCUGUCGGUCUGGCUAGCUCUGCUCCCGCUAACGGCGCUUCUGCCUCCGUCUCUGGAUGGGGUACUCAGUCCUAUGGCUCCAGCUCUAUUCCAACCACCCUGCAGUACGUGAACGUGAACAUUGUCAGCCAGUCCGUGUGCGCUUCCUCCACUUACGGCUAUGGUAGCGAGAUCAAGAGCUCCAUGAUCUGCGCCGCCGCCAGCGGCAAGGAUGCCUGCCAGGGUGACUCUGGUGGCCCAUUGGUGUCCGGUGGUGUGCUCGUUGGUGUUGUAUCAUGGGGCUAUGGCUGCGCCUACGCCAACUAUCCCGGUGUCUACGCCAAUGUGGCUGAUCUCCGUUCCUGGGUGGUCAACAACGCCGGCUCCGUCUAA